AUCACCCCCGCUUUUUCGCUUUCAACCUCUCGCACACCGCAAUCACAACGCUCACAAAGGAUCGAUAAUUACCAUGCCUGCAGCUCGAGCUCGCAGUCGCCAGCCGUUGCAUUCGCAGCCGACCAACGCUACUCGCAUCGUCCCCGACGUGGACGUGAUAAUCCUCUCUUCAGACGAUGAGGCUCCAGCCAAGGCUCCCUCGAGCCCCAACAAGCCAAAGGCGAAAGGCAGAAUGCGGGCGGGGACGCCGUUCCCAUUCCCCCCUAAUGUUGAGAUUGUCGAGAUAUCUUCCGAUGAAGAGGCGCUCAAGUCGAAGACCGUCCACCGUUCAAAGAGCACGAUUGGCAACGUGCAGCAUCAGAUGAAGAGCAUGCAGGAUGAGAUCGCGCGUCUCAAAGGAGAGCUUUCAAGUGCGAAAGCGCGGGCACGAGAGAUGGAGAAAGCUUCGCAGCAGGCGAUGUCUGGGUCAUCGUUAGACGAUGCAACCAACUGCGAGAUUUGCACGCUUCGUAUGUGGACGCCGAGCACUCUCGCAUGCGGCCACACGUUCUGCCAGAACUGCCUGCAAGGGUGGUUCGGUAGCCAACUCGCACAAUACAUGAGCACUCACCCCCAUCACAACAUGCCGAACUUGGAGGCAUACCGCAUCGCUCUUCGAGACCCCUUCCUGUCAGCCCAACAGCGCAUCGAGCUGGAGUCACAACUCCGCGUAGCCAUCCUGCAGCAUCAUCCUGACUACACUUGCCCGUCUUGCCGCGCGGUGGUAAAAGAACGGCCUAUCGAGGUGUACGCCAUCAAGUCUAUCGUGCGAUCCGCUGCUGGUGCAGCUGGAGAGACCAGUCCGACCAAAUUUGCUCCGUCAAAUGCGAGGAACCAUGGCGGUUACAGGCUGGACAAUCCUUGGGACGGAUUCUUCCCUUGAACGAGAUUCAAAGCCCAGUUGAGUUGGCUGUCAGUUAUAGUGGAACAGGAUGCGUUUUCUUUGGAAUCAUGUCGGUUU